GCUAGGCGCAUUGCGUAGUUACAAAUUGUCACUUUGAGGAUCAAGACGUGUUUCGCAGGUCGCUCCUGGCGUAUUUGGAGAGCUCUGAGGGAGUUUUAUUUAAAGGGAAUAUCAUACUAUAUUUUGCUUUUGUUUGCUUUGGUGUGAGAUUGAUCAGCCUGAGUGGGGCCAGCUCGAGUUGCAGUGAAAAAAAGUUAAGAAAAGAAAAUUGUGAUAAGUUUCUGAGUGAAUCGUUUUGAAUAAGUGAUAAAAUAGGACAAGUGGGUGAAGAAUUUUUGGGGAAUUUCAGGCAGAAUUUUUGAGUGGAUAGAAGGGUUUUCUUUGUUCUCGCAACUGGCUGAAGAGGUCUAGAAUCGUAGUAAUCGCUGGAAAUAGAGAAUCGACAGAGGUGUUCUGAGUGAGAAGAAGUGGCUGACAUUUUGAAUUUUUGUUGAACCGUGCAAGUGAAGAGACAUUUUUUAUUUGAUAGACUUUAGUGCAUUGAAGGUUCUUAGCGUUCUGAGAAGAAUCGAAAGAGAUAAGAAACGGUGUGAAGCAAAGAUGGCAGAUAGUUUAGUUGAGGCGCCAGCUCCGAGUUCGAGUCACUUGAUGAAUUUGGGUGGGCUAAUAGCGGCUGAUUUACAACCGGGCUCGUCGUCCGGUCCUUCGUCGAUCCCCUCUUCCUCGACCGCUUCGGUGGUCGCUUCCUCAUCCUCGUCAUCCACUUCCGGUGGUGGACAGCCCUCGACAUUAUUGAUUUCUGUGGCUACUCAGCCAGCUCACGGUUUGAAUUUGUCCGAGCAAAUCAUGACCAGCAGCCAAGAGCUGAAUCUUAGCCUGGGGAACAGCAGUAGUGGCAAUGGUGGAAGUGUCAAUCAGCAGCAGCAGGUUGGGGAAUCUCCGAAGGUCACACGCCCAUCCGAGCACUCGGAUGAGGAUGAGCCGGAAACCAAACGAAAGAAAAUCGAUAAACCCGUAACGAAAAUGAUCGAAAAGUUGGAAUCUCGCCUCGGGGGCAUCCUGUGUUGCGCCGUCUGUCUGGAUCUGCCAAGGACCGCAAUGUACCAGUGUACCAUGGGCCAUCUGAUGUGCGCCGGAUGCUUCACUCAUUUGCUGGCGGAUGGCAGACUGCGUGAUCAAAACGCGACCUGCCCAAGCUGUCGUACCGAGAUCAGCAAGAACACAUCAUCGCGCAACUUGGCCGUAGAGAAGGCCGUCUCCGAACUGCCCAGUGGGUGCCAGUAUUGUGGUAAUGAGUUCCCCAAUAAGUCGAUCGACUACCACGAGAGCAAUGAGUGCGAAGAGCGACCGACCGAGUGCAAGUACGCCCGCAUCGGAUGCCAAUGGCGCGGUCCGACCCACGAGGUUCCCUCGCAUGAAACCAACUGCACUCACCCGAAGAAGUCCGGAGCUGAGGUCAUGAUAGCACUGCAGGCCCACGAUGCCCGGGCAGCCGAGGAGAAGAAACUUUUCCUCACUUUGAUUGAUCUCUUGAGCUACGAGAAAAUUAUCUUCAAUGACCUCCAGAUGAAGCCAUACCGUACCGACGAGUACGUGCAUCGUCUGUACUACGAAACGUCCCGGUUUUCCGCGUUCAAUCACCAAUGGGUUGUGAAGGCGAUCAUCAAUAAGAGCCAGCGUGAUCCCCACCAAUCGCGCGAACGUGAUAUCACCUAUCAGUUGAUUCUGAAAUCGAAAACCACCAGUCCGCUGCCGAUGCAUUUCUUCGUGUUGCGGGGCCCGUUCUCGGACAUCAAGGUUGAUACGCAGAUCUACAAGCACGACUUUACCGAAACCGAGACGGAGAGUCCGUUCAAGCUGCUGCCAUUGCCGGAUACGGCCGAGUGCAAUCGAUUGCUGGCGGCCAAGGCGAUCAAUUUCAGGUUGAUAAUGUUUUUGGCGUCCAAGUAAUUUCCCCGUCGCGAGAAAUUAUACGUGAUCAGUGAUGGUAACAGUAUGUGUUGCAUCAACAUUUGCUACUAUUAUUAGUGUUAUUAUGGGUUCUUUUACUAGCGAACACGCGCAGCAUCAGACAGAGCAGAGGAAGAAAAAAAAUUUUUUUCUGUUUAUUAUGUAAAACUUUACAACACCCUACUUAAUAAGUUGUCAGCAUCGAUAGAUUGGGUUGAAUUUUAUUGAUCGGUUUUACUUUGAAUGUCUCUGCUAUUCGCUCGCAUAUGAUCGGAAAACCAAAUUUUUCAGUUUUAAGUGCUUGUAACGUACAUCCGUUUAUGGUAGAUGAUUUUGUUUUAACUCUCUAGAUACAAUUUCAGUCACAGCAGAGCUGUGAUCAGAGGAACUGUGUCUUUUAUUAUCGCACAACAUUUUAUUAAUUUUAUUUUCUACAUGGAAUCAAGCAUUUUGGAAUACGAACUACUGCUCACCGCAAACAGAUCUUUUAUCUAAUAAAUAUAGUGAGUAAUGUCUAGGAUAAAUUAUCAACAUUUUACUCUUACAGCUACACAUAUAUUAAUAGACCGAGACAAAAAAUCCUCCCGUGUACAUUAAUUGACUCAUAGGAUAAUCAUCGACAAGCAGUACGUUGUUGGAAUCGAUUGAACCGUUUUCCUCGGUUGAUUCCAAUCUGAAAACAGUUAAUCGUAGUACAAAAUCAUUUUAGCAAAAUUUAUUUAUCUUUCAAACCCCCAUAUCCAAUAGACGAGGGCUUUCAAUUUCAGUUGGUAAUCUUGUAUCGAUAAAACCCGAAUCGAUUGCCAUUCUGUAUAAAUAGAUACUGCAUCUAACCAAGAGCGCCAUAUGUAUUAAACUUGUUUUUGUUUGAACACUAAAUUUAGUUGUCCAUUACUCCGAUUCUGCAUCUGUUCGCUAACCAAAUUGUGUGAUAAUUAAAUCGAAUAGUUGAACUUGGAGUUUUCCGUCGAAUAGAGGCAGUGCGCAUAUUCGAAAAAAAAAAACUUUUUAGUCGUAAGGCGUACAACCAGAGAAGCAAGGGAUCCAUCUGAGUUUUCAUCGUAGAGUUAAGACGGUAUGUGAAAAAAAAUUCGAUCAAAAAUCGUGAAAACAUAUUUAUAUUUAAUUAUACUCUGUAAGGUCUCACCAUCGUGUAGUGAUAAUAAUUGUAACGCAUUACAGAUGCAAAUUGUGUAUAAACGAUACAAUGAAUCGAAUGUAAAAGUACCUACGUAGGUAAGUCGUUACUUUCUCCUUACCACGCGCGUACUUUUCUGAUUGCAAUCGGUCAGGUACCGCGAAGUGCAAACCAGCAGCAGCAGCAAAUUAGCGAGACAGCCAAUGAGCACUAAAUUAGUAUGCAAUACGUUUUAUUCUGAUCCGCUAAUAAUCUCUUCGAAAAUCAAUUACAAAGCUAGCGUUAUAAGGAAAGGCUUACGUCGUAUAUUUUAGGAUUCGUUAUUUCAAAGAGUGGCAUAUGCAACAUACGGAUAGAUAAAGGCAACACUUAUACAUUUUUGCUUCAGAGAUAUACAUGAUUAUAUUUAUAUAGAUUGCUGUAAAACUAGUAGUAAGGACGCAUGUCGUUUGUAAGAUGUUUUUCUCUAAUUUUUAUUCCUUUACCAUUAUCGUACCUUUUUGGUAGAUCGUUUUGUUUGUCUUCUGUAAUAAACUUAUCCCUUAUUCUAGUUA